AUGCAGUUUGCCUUAAGUGUUAAACUCUAUAAUUUUGAUGAAUGUGUUUGCCAAAGGCCAAAUGGUGAGGUUGUAUCAGCAAAAUGCAGUCAUGUGAGUUAUCCACGCCACCCACAUUAAGCCCGAAGGAGGCCAUGUGGUUCCGUUCUGAUGAAAGUUAUGAGGUCAAGAGCAGGAAAGACAUUCUUGUAUCCUAGGCAGGUUUACUGCUUUAAAAAGGUUACUGACUCAUUACAAGACCUUAUUAACAAGCCAAACUUCAUGGAAAACUGUGAAAAGUGGAGAAAUUGUUCCACUCAGCUGUCAGACAAUGUUCUUGGAGACUGUUUUGAAGGAAGAGUUUGGAAAGAGUUUCAGUAUGUGGAUGGAGAGCCCUUUCUUGCUAUACCAAAUAACUUUGCUCUCAUGUUGAACAUUGACUGGCUUCAGCCCACUCUUCAUGGUUCAAAAUCCAUUUGUGUCAUUUACAUGGUUGUAAUGAACCUUCCAAAAAAGGAACGCUUCAAACCUGAAAAUCUUAUUGUUGUUGGAAUAAUUCCUGGGCCAAAGGAUCCUAAGCAUUAUAUCAAUUCCUUCCUGCAGCCGUUAGUAGAUGACCUUAUUGACUUGUGGGAUGGAGUUAUCUUAGACACAAACAUUUCUGGAUCUGGGGAGAUGUUCUGAGCUGCUAUCUUAGCUUUUUCAAGUGAUAUACCAGCAACUUCGAAAUGUGGAGGUUUUAUUGGCCAUACUGCAAAGAAAGGUGAGUGCUCAAAGAUGCACUAUAACUAAAGUGUUUUAUAAAAUUUAAUAAUAACUCCUUGGUUAUUUUUUUUUUUUUUUUUUUGUAUUUGUGUAUGUAUACCUACCAACUCACAUGUCUUGGGAAUCAAAAAUAAUCGAUCUCAAGUCAGCCCUCACCAGCUGACCAAUUCCUCACACCUAGCAGAAAAGUUUGGCUAAUACAUCCUUUGACUUUUAGAAGGGAAGUGCUAGAGAUGAGGUUGUGUUUUCAUGUGUUAGGAAGUUUGGAAUUGUUUGGGACUGCAUUCGAAGUCUUUGGAUUAUCUCCAGAUAUGAUUAGGUUCUCCAUCAAAAAUCCUGGCACUUGUAGGAUAAAAAAAUCUCGCACCCUUGGCUCAAAAAAAGGUUGGCAGGUAUAUGUUUGUUGUGUGUGUAAAUACAUGCUUGUUGCACUGGCAUCAUUGUUUAUAUGGUGUUUUACUAUAUUUUCAGGAUGCAGCAGAUGCUUUAAAAAAUUUCCAAGAGCAUCAUUUGGUGAUAAACCUGAUUUCUCAGGAUUUGAUAGAGAAAGCUGGGAACAGCAAUCUAAUGAAGACCAUGGAGCAUCUGCAGAGAAAGUUUGCCAAGCUAAAACACCAAGUAAUGCCCAGAAAUUUGCCUCUUCAAGUGGAGCACAUUACUCUGUCCUGUUCCAGCUUCCAUACUAUGAUGCUAUAAGAUUUGCACUGAUUGAUCCCAUGCACAACUUGCCUCUUGGGAGUGCCAAACAUGUACUUAAGACUUGGACUGAAAUGGGAAUUUUGAGUGAAUCUGACUUGGAGAGAGAACAGAAACGUGUCAGUCUUGUUAAGCCACCAUCUGAAAUUGUGUGCAUCCAAAGCAAAAUUUCUGAAGGAUUUAAGGGAUUCACUGGUGACCAGUGGAAGAACUGGGUAUGUAUUUACUCCUUUUUUUUGCUUUAAAGGGAGUAAUACCCAGUGGACAUUAUGGAAUGUGGACAGCAUUUGUACAUGCUUGUCAACUGCUUUGCAAAAAAGUUAUCACCAAGGAGGAGAGUUUGGAAGCUGACCAAAAGCUGAUGCGAUUUUGUGUAAUGUUUAGAAGCCCCUCUGCGGGGAAGGAGAAGUGCACACCAAACAUGCAUCUUCAUGGCCAUUUUAAGGAUGGCAUACUUGAUUAUGGACCUGUUUUCUCCUUUUGGUGCUUCUCAUUUGAGAGGUACAAUGGAAUUAUGGGAGAUUACCAUACAAACAAUGUUAAUAUUGGUAGGUAUUAAACUCUUCUCUAAUAAAUUUUAAAAAAUGAACAUUAAUUCUUUCAAACUGGUCUUUCCUCUCUUGACAUUUUGAUAGAAUGCAGUCACACCAUAUUCUUCAAGAAAUAAAAAAAAAUUAUGUGAACACUCAAACCUCCAUAUUCAAACAUAUAUGUACAUGUAUACAUGUUACAUAAAUAUAAAAGUUUAAAGCAGACAGGCCAUUAGGUCUGUGGCAACAAAGCACUUAUACAGUGUAGUAGCAAAACUCAUUAGCUUUUGACCAGACCUGAAUGACCGACCGACCAAACGACUGACUGUCAAAUUAAAAACAAAUAAUAAUAAGUCCACAAAAGUAUCACAUAACUUUUUAUUAUUAUCAAAAUUUUAUGGUGGACUUUAAUUUUAACCUUGCACCUGCCAGAGGCCUGAUACCCUGUUUGUGGCAUGUUGCUUUGUGUAAGCCUUUGCAUAAUGCCUAGAUGUAUCAGAAUACAUUAUGAACCAUAUGUUAACUGGUUUUAAUUUUAUUAUCCCCAGGAGUUCAAAUUAUAUUUCCAGGAAGCAUGGAAGAGUUCCAGCAACUUAUGGAUUGUGAAGGCAAGCAAAAGGGAACUUUAUUAGAAGCAAGUGUCCGUGUCCAGCAGUUCUGCAACAUGGUUGAAUCUGAAACUGGCAGUCCAGUGAAUGUUAACCUUAGUAAAACUGAGACUGAAGUACCACUACCACCAAUCAAAAGGGGAUGCAAUUGA